AAGAAGGUCAGCAGUCAGAAUCGGACAGUGGGACCAAUGAAGAGAAUGAUACAUCCUGGAGGAUUUCCUUUCUACACAGAAGCAGAACGUUUGUUUCUGAAGAUGGACCAGCUCAGUUAAUUAACUUUAAACCCUCACUGGCGGGAGUAGGUUCAAGGACUGGCAUCAAAGGUCUUAUUCAAGGUCUUCAGCUGCAAAUUGAGAACCAAGAGGUCUUUAAAGAGUUUAUGGCUUUAGAAAAUGUAAAACCAAUAGAUGACUGCAGAACUGGCAAAGCACCAGAAAACCGUGAUAAAAACAGAUACCGAGAUAUUCUUCCAUACGAUAAGACACGCGUUCCUCUCGGAGAAAACAACGGAUACAUCAACGCAAGCUACAUUAGAAUGAAAGUUGGAGAAGAGGAACAUUUCUAUAUUAUAACCCAGGGACCCCUGCCUUCUACCAUAGCUGAUUUCUGGCAGAUGGUUUGGGAGAAUGAAUCUGAUGUGAUUGCCAUGAUGACCAAAGAAGUGGAGCUAGGAAAAGUCAAAUGUCAUCGAUACUGGCCUGAACCUCCACAUGAAUCUAUAGACGUGGCUAACUUCCAUCUCAGGCUAGGUAGUUACCAGAUAUUGGAGUACUUCAUAAUAAGAAUAAUAGAAGUAAUCAACAAGCAGACAGAAGAGAAGCGCUGUAUAAGUCAUUUGCAAUUUACCACUUGGCCAGACCGUGGUACUCCCACACUAGCUGAGCAGCUUGUAAAAUUUAUUUGUUACAUGAGAAAAGCUCACAAGAAAGGACCUGUUGUUGCUCACUGCAGUGCUGGGAUUGGAAGAAGUGGAGUUUUGCUGUGUGUUGAAGUUUUGUUGAGCUACAUAGAAAAAGAUUUAUAUUUCAACAUCAAGCAGAUAGUGAGAGAUUUGAGACAUCAGCGUUUUGGCAUAAUUCAAACUAGGGAUCAGUAUUUAUUCUGUUACGAAGUUGCGUUGAAAGUCCUUCAGAACAUUCAAGCCAUGGAUCCCCACUGA